ACCUUUACACAGAUUUGCUAGUCAUCAUGCAGAUAACAAGCAGAGGGUUCUUCUCAGAGCAGAUCAACUUAACUUAAAGUCACAGCAAUCAACGCCUUAAACAAGUGAUAUGGUCCACAGUUUUAUUUGAGAUUUCACAAUAUUAGUAGAAAAUGUCAUUUGUUUGUGUGGAUGACUUUGAAAAGAAGGCACACAGUGUGUUGGAGAAGAGUGCUUUGGAUUAUUAUCGCAGUGGAGCUGGUGAACAAUUCACACUUAACUUGAAUCGUGAAGCGUUUAGAAGAAUCCGCAUACGUCCACGUUGUCUACGUGACGUUUCCAACAUCGACACGCGCUGCAAUGUAUUGGGCAUUGAUCUGAAAUGGCCUUUGGGUAUUGCACCCUCCGCUAUGCAAAAAUUGGCGCAUCCGGAAGGCGAAAGUGGAAAUGCGCGUGCAGCCGGUAAUGCCGGUUCUAUUUAUAUACUGAGCACACUGUCUACCAGUUCAAUUGAAGAAGUUGCGGCUGCGGCACCCGACACCAAUAAAUGGUUUCAGCUUUACGUUUACAAAGAUCGUUCGCUUACCGAACAAAUGGUACGACGUGCUGAGAAGGCCAAUUUCAAAGCCAUUGUUCUAACCAUCGACGCACCAAUAUUUGGCCAACGACGUUCAGACGUUCGCAAUAAAUUCAGCCUGCCGCCACAUCUUCGUCUCGCUAACUUCGAAGGCAUCAAAGCGGAUGGCGUACGUAGUGAUAGCGACGCAACUUCUGGUAUCAAUGCUUAUGUUUCCAGUCAAUUCGAUGCGACACUAACGUGGAAGGAUGUCGCAUGGUUGGUGAACUUAACGCGAUUGCCUAUAAUCGUUAAGGGCGUACUAACACGUGAAGAUGCCGUUUUAGCGCGCGAAUUCGGUUGUGCCGGAAUAAUCGUAUCAAAUCAUGGUGCACGGCAAAUAGAUACUGUACCGGCUUCAAUUGAAGCACUGCCCGAAGUUGUGAAAGCGGUUGGUAAUGAUUUGGUCGUGAUGUUAGAUGGCGGUGUCACACAGGGCAAUGAUAUCUUCAAAGCACUGGCUUUGGGUGCUAAAAUGGUUUUUGUCGGUCGUGCUGCACUCUGGGGUUUGGCUUGUGAUGGCCAAAAGGGCGUUGAAAGCUUGUUAAGUGUUUUAAAGAAGGAUCUUGAAAUUACACUAGCGUUGGCUGGUUGUCAAAAGUUAAGUGAUAUCACUGGUGAUAUGGUGGCACAUGAAUCCAUAUAUGCGAAAUUAUAGAGAAUAUUUGUAAACUUAUUAAUCCCUGGAAUAAAAAUUAAGGGUAUCUAAAAAUAAAAUAGUUUAAAUAAAGUCGUUAUUACACCGAA